AUGUCGUCUCCAUUACCGUUCCUUAGAGCAUACAGUCCGGCGUUGGCGCAAUUCAAUGUGAACAUUGAAGAUUUCAUGGCGUUUAUCGACCAUCUCACUAUCGUACAGACUGAACCUGUACCGCUACAAGCACUGAACUUAGUUGGAACAGGGAUCGGAUUCGUACCGUGGCAUUGGGCAUUAGCGGCUGGACUAUCCAUGAAUGCGGCUGCUAUUGCUGGAUCCAAGUUGACCAUCAGGACACGCACAAAGCGAUACCUGGAGGCCGUCAAUCGCGACUAUUUCGAACCAAGAGGACUGAAAGCGUCUUUGUAUAAGAAUGACGACGUAUCAGUUCUAGUCGGAUAUCCUCUCGGUUGGUCUGAGCUUGCUCCUGUGGACACACAAACGAAUUUCGUUUCUAUGCGGGAUCGUCGCAUGCAGACCUUGGCUCCGUACAUCGCUCCGCUAACCCUCAAUGUACCAGCCCCAGCGCCGCAAGAGAAAAUGCUUGAUAAACUCGGUGCAAAAGUUGUAGCACACACGAUAGCCAAAGAGAAGAAAGACGCUUUGAAGCGGCAGAGAAAGUCGGCUCAGGGGGAAACGACUGGUGAAGAGUUGAGAGAGGAGGAGCGAAAAGACAUCAAGAAAGUGAAGAAAAUGGACUAUAUCGUCAUCGAGAGUCUGAGGCAAUACCGGGUAUAA